UGUGUUUUUGGUAUUGCAGGUACGCCACUGAAUACCAAAAUGAGUCAUCCAUUUGCUGUAUUGAAUGUUGAGAAGAAUACACCAAAUGUCCAGGCAUCAUCAUUAAAGCGUACCAAAUCUGGUAAUGUUAAAGGAAGGGUCAAGAUUGGUAAGUCAAGGAUGAAUGAGGGGAAAGUUCGGGAGACAGCAUUCAGGUCAAGUCUCGGAGGCGUAAUACCGUUGAUUAAAGAAUUGAAAUUGAGCGAUCGCCAUAAAGAAGUAUUGAUGACCACUCCCUUUUGGGGUAUUUUCGAGGCAAUUCUUAAGGACAAUCUCUCACCUAGACACUGUAGGAAAAGUGAUAAAAUGAUUAUCGGAAUAAUCAAUGCUUAUGAUUUGGCCAUAAAUAAAUUUCGCCUCGGAAAUGAACUCGUGGGCAUAACACGGGAUGACAUUGGUCAGAUAUUUGGCAUAUCAUGCGGGACCGAGUAUGUCAAGAUCAAAUACUGUUGCAAAGAAGAUAUGAAGAUGGCUGGAAGAUGUAAGAUCAAAGGUGGGUUUACAAGUAAAUCACUAAAAGACAAAAUGUUUGAGUAUGCAUCAGGGAGUAGUAAGGAAGACGUGGAAGAUGUUGUAAGGUUGCUUUGUUUGCACCUCUGCCAUGCAUUGUUCUUCUUUACUGCUACUACAGUUAGUUGGGCCUACCUGCAAAUUGUCGAGGAUUUUGAAAGGAUGAAGUCGUAUGAUUGGAAGAGAGCCAUAUUAGAUAAACUCAUGUCAUCGAUAAGGAAAAAACACCAACAACUGAGGAGAGUGAAGGGCUGUGUUACUGCACUGCUGUAUUGGAUUUGUGAACAUACAAAUGUGGUGAAGGCACUUCAUUCAGACAACCCUCUAGGAAAAAUCAAAUGGAGUAUACCAGCCAUGGUGACAAAAUUCAAUAAAACUGGUGGGUUGAGGAACCUCAAGCCUAGUCAGCUGGAGGUCGAAAUGGCUUUGGUUUUAGUUUAG